AUGUCAAAAAUACACGUAAACGAAGCCUUAUCUACCCUUGAUGGAAAUAUAACAAGGCUAUUGGUGGUUUCAAAUCGCUUGCCAGUUACUGUUACAAAGGUCAAUGAAGAGUAUACCUUUAAAAUGUCCUCGGGUGGUCUGGUGAGUGCGCUUAGCGGUUUGAAGAAAAUGAUGUCUUUUACUUGGAUUGGCUGGCCUGGAAUCUCUAUACCUGAAGGAGAGAGGAAAAUAGUGACCACUAAACUUGAGGCUCAUUCGUGCCUUCCCGUUUUCGUAGAUGAUGAUUUAGCAGAUCGUCACUAUAACGGGUUUUCCAAUUCAAUCUUGUGGCCAUUGUUUCAUUAUUACCCUGGCGAGAUUGCCUUCAACCAGGAUGAUUGGGAUGCCUAUGAAUUAGUCAACAGCCUUUUCGCCGACGCCAUUAUUAACAUAGUUCAAGAUGGUGAUUUGAUUUGGGUUCAAGACUAUCAUUUAAUGUUGUUGCCAAGUAUGUUGAGAGGAAGGUUAGGUGAGAGUAAACCAAAUAUCAAGAUUGGUUUCUUUCUACAUACACCAUUUCCUAGCAGUGAGGUAUACCGGAUUCUUCCUGUCCGUAAAGAGAUUCUUAAUGGGGUCUUGAAUUCGGAUCUCGUUGGAUUUCAAACAUAUGAUUAUGCCCGUCACUUUUUAUCAUCGUGUACUCUCAUUCUGGGUUUAUCCACCAUGCCCAACAGUGUUGAUUAUGAAGACAGACACGUACAUAUCGGAACAUUUCCUAUUGGCAUUGAUCCUGAAAAAUUUGCUGAAGGAUUAACCCAACCAAAAAUUCAAGAACGUAUUAAAACAUUAGAAAAAAAAUUCGAGGGCAUUAAACUCAUUGUCGGCGUGGACCGUUUGGACUAUAUCAAGGGCGUUCAACAUAAGAUCAAUGCCUUUGAGGUGUUUCUAAGUGAACACCCUGAAUGGAUUGGAAAAGUUGUUCUUGUUCAAGUAGCUGUGCCUUCCCGGCAAGACGUCGAAAAAUAUAAAGACGUACGCGUUAAAGUUAACGAAUUAGUCGGAAGAACGAAUGGUCAAUUUGGCACUAUAGAAUUUACGCCAAUACACUUUAUGCAUAAAUCUGUUUCUUUUGACGAAUUGGUUGCGCUAUAUGCGAUUUCGGACGUUUGCUUGGUAUCUUCCACCCGAGAUGGAAUGAAUCUCGUUUCUUAUGAAUAUGUCUCGUGCCAGGAAAAAAGACAUGGUGUAUUGAUACUCAGCGAAUUUGCGGGUGCUGCUCAAUCCUUAAAUGGCUCUCUCAUCGUAAAUCCGUGGAACACCGAAGAUGUUGCUAAUGCAAUUCAUGAAGCUGUCACCAUGCCGGAUUCUCUGCGUAAGUCAAAUCAUCAAAAACUAUACCGAUACGUUAACAAAUAUACUGCUGCCAAUUGGGGGACUAGUUUUGUUAACGAACUAAAGCGCGUUGGUAAAGAACACGGUGUUCGUGAACAGAUUCGAUACCUAAAAUUUAGUCAAACAACGAAAGCAGCAAAAAGCGCAAAAAAUCGAAUCAUCUUAUUGGAUUAUGAUGGCACUUUAGUCUCUACGCAAGUAUUACCGGAAUUGGCUAAUCCGUCUAGUAGUAUUCUUAAAGUCCUUAAAAAGCUUCAAAGUAAACCAAACACCUACAUUUACAUAUUAUCUGGUCGUGGACGUACGCACCUCGAUCAAUGGUUCGAAUCAGUCGGAGUUGGACUUUCUGCAGAACAUGGAUGCUAUUAUAAGCAUCCUCGAGGAAAGGUCAAUUUCAUUACAACUCGCAUUUCGGAUGCAAAAACAAAGAAUGAAACUAACGGUUGGUACAGACUUGUCGAAAAAGUCGACCCUACUUGGAAGGGAAUAAUCUUGCCGCUAUUAUUACAUUACACGGAACGAACUCCGGGCUCUUUCAUUGAAGAAAAAGAGGUUAACGUAGUAUGGAAUUAUCAAAGUGCGGACCCUGAAUUUGGAAAUUGGCAGGCGAUCGAACUUCAGGUUAACCUGGAGAAACUUUUAAGUCGUAUGCCUUUAACGAUUGCAUUGGUUAACAAAACCUUGGAAGUUCGACCAAAAACAGUUGAUAAAUCAACUGCUGUUCGUGCCAUUAUUAAGGAUUUGAACCAAUCACGGGAUGACGUCGAUUUUAUUCUAUGUAUAGGAGAUAGCAAAACUGAUGAGCCAGUAUUUUCUUUACUAAAGGAAUUAAUGCCGAAUUGUUACACGAGCACAGUCGGGAAGAAACAAACUGAGGCAAAGUAUUACCUUGAAAAUGUUGAAGAUGUGCGAAGAUUACUGGGAACCUUGGUGCACGAGUUAUAA